AUGCUGCUGUGGUCAUUUCUGGUCAUCUUUGCUCCUGUCAGUGAAGAGGCAGACUGGCUGACCCUCCAGGCCCCCUCUGUUGUCUUUGAAGGAGACAGCAUAGAUCUGAUGUGCCAGAAGAAAAAGGACUGGUGGGAAAUCCAGACUAUGGCCUAUUACAAGGAUGGAAAAGAGUUACAGCUGUCAAACGAAGUCUCUAGCUUUUCUAUCCCACAUGCAGCUUUGAGUGACAGUGGCAGCUAUUACUGUUCUGCUACUGCCGAAAAAUACUUUCUGAAGUAUUUUCUGAAGUCAAAAGCUUCAAGAAGCAUCAGGAUUGAAGUGCAAGAGCUGUUCCCACGCCCUGUGUUCACUGUCAGCCCCUCCUGGCCCACUGAGGGGAGCCCGGUGACCCUGACCUGUGAGACCCAGCCUUCUCCACAGAGGUCAAAUGCUCAGCUCCGAUUUUGCUUCUUCAGAGAGGACAGAGCCCUGGGGUCUGGCUGGAGCAGCUCCCCAGAGCUCCGGGUCCCCGCCAUGUGGACGGAGGACUCAGGGUCCUACUGGUGCCAGGCAGAGAUGGUGACUGCCAGGGUCAGAAAACAGAGCCUCCAAUCCCAGAUUCACGUGCAGAGAGUGCCCGUCUCUAACGUAAGCUUAGAGAUGUGGGCCCCCAGGGACCCGGUGAUCGAAGGAGGGGACCUGAUCCUCCUCUGCUCGGUGGCCGAAGGCACAGGAAACAUCACAUUCUCCUGGCACAGAGAGGACACGGGAACCAGUGUGGGAAGGAAGACCCAGCGUUCCCUGUCUGCGGAGCUGGAGGUCCCAGCCGUGCAGGAGGGUGACGCCGGCUGCUAUUACUGCAGAGCUGACAAUGGCCACGACCCCAUCCAGAGCAAGCUGCUGAGUAUCCGUGUGAGAAUCCCAGUGUCCUGCCCCGUCCUCACCCUCAGGGAGCCAAGGGCCCAGGCCAUGGCAGUGGGGGACGUGGUGGAGCUUCGCUGCGAGGCCCAGAGGGGCUCUCCCCCGAUCCAGUACCGGUUUUAUCACGAGGAUGUCUCCCUGGGGAACAGCUCGGCCCCCUCUGGAGGAGGAGUGUCCUUCAACCUCUCUCUGACCCCAGAACGUUCUGGAAACUACUCCUGUGAGGCUGACAAUGGCCUGGGGGCCCAGCGCAGCGAGGCGGUGACACUCAGCGUCACAGGGACCGGUGGCUACCGAAGAGACCACGUCACAGCCAGAGUUCUCGGGGCGCUGUGUGGUGGCCUCGGCUUCAUAACUGCUGUUCUGCUGUCUUAUUACUGGUCUCGCAAGAUCUCAGGAGGACGCUCUGUCACUCAUGUACCCAGAGAUGCUUCCAGCACAAAACCUCAGGAGCCCACCCACUCCAGCUCACUCUCAGACAUGGAGGAGAUGCAACCAGAGUAUGUCAAUGUGGGCCCUGUAGAUGUGGAUGUGGUUUAUUCCCAGGUCUGGAGCAUGCAGCCACCGGAAGACUCAGCAAACACCAGGACAAUUCUGGAGAACAAGGACUCCCAUGUCAUCUACUCUGACGUGAAGGUGACAUAA